AUGGCUACUAACAAUGGCGGGAGUGCACCACAUCCCGGAGGUCAGCAAGGGUCGAGCAACGUCACAGACACCAUUGUGCAGAUUCUCUGUAACCAGCAAGCACUCAUGCAGCAAAUGUCGCAACAACUGGCUGCUACUCAAUCCGCCAUCAAAUGUUUGUCCCGCGAUGAGAUUGUGCUAGAUUCCCUUUCGAGCAAUAUGGUGGAGUUUAUGUACAACAAAGAGAGCGGUAAUACAUUCGAUGCCUGGUUUUCCCGCUACAGUGAUCUGUUUGAUAGAGAUGCCUCGAAGUUGGAUGAUGCUGCGAAAGUGCGUUUACUCCUGCGCAAGCUCAGCCCACCUGAUCACGAACGCUAUAACAGCUUUAUUCUGCCAAAAACUACUCGGCAAUUCACUUUCGCUGAGACAGUCGAAAAGCUGAAGGCACUCUUUGGUGCAACUGUAUCCAUCUUUCGGCGGCGCUACAACUGUCUCCAAACAACCAAGGAAGAUAGUGAAGAUUAUCUUGCCUAUUCAUGCAAGGUUAACAAGUGCUGUGUCGAUUUUAAAUUGUCUGAGUUGACCGAAGAACAGUUUAAGUGUUUAACGUUUGUGUGUGGAUUAAAAUCGAAACAAGACGCUGAGAUCAGAAUGCGUCUUAUCAAUAAGUUAAAUGAAGCAGAAGAUCUCACUCUGCAGCAAGUGGUUGAACAGUGCAACAACCUGGUGAACCUUAAGCAGGACACUGUGCUUGUGGAGAACCCGUCGACAGUAAAUUUCGUUGCGCACAACAAGCGGUCCAAACCUCAUCGGUCCAACAGCCAAAGUCCUUCCCGUGAUCAACCCAAAACACCUUGCUGGUCAUGCGGCGGGAUGCAUUUUAGCAAAGAUUGUCGGUUCCGUGAUCACAAGUGUCGUGAUUGUGGAAAGCAAGGGCACAGAGAAGGAUACUGCUCCUGUUUCUCAUCAAAGUUUUCAUCCAGUGCGUCAAAUUCGUGGAAGCCAAGGAAAAACAAGAAGAAGCAGCGUGAUCAGUCAACAAAAACAGUAACAGUGAAGAAAAUCAGCGGUGGUCGGAAGUUUAUCGAUGUCAAGCUAAACGAUGUCCCGCUCCGCCUGCAACUGGACACAGGAUCGGAUGUAUCCAUCAUUUCACACCAGUCAUGGAUCAUGCUUGGCCGACCUGAAGUAAAACCAGCAUCUUGUCAAGCGAAAACAGCGUCGGGGGAACCACUAGAUUUAAUUUCGGAGCUAUACUGUAGCAUUACCCUACACAACGUCACCAAGUCGGGUAAGUGUUACGUCGCCGCUCCAAAUAUGCAUCUGGACAUUGUGGGCAUUGAUUGGAUGGACAUGUUUGGAUUGUGGAAUCAGUCAAUUGCAUCGUUCUGCAACCAAGUGACCAUCGAGCAAACUAAGCAAGUAGAAGAUCUUCGUGCCAAGUUCCCUAACGUUUUCACCACGCAAUUGGGGUUUUGCAACAAAACUCCUGUUCAUCUGAUGCUGAAAAAUGACCCCAAACCGGUGUUUCGGCCCAAACGUCCGGUGGCAUACAGUAUGGAAAGUGCUGUGGAGGAGGAACUUCUUCGGUUAGAAAGGUUGGGAAUCGUGAAGCAGGUUGAAUUUUCCGAUUGGGCAGCCCCGAUUGUUGUCGUCAGAAAGCCAAACGGGACGGUUCGAAUAUGCGCUGAUUUCUCAACAGGCCUGAAUUCAGCAUUGGAAUCGAAUUGCUACCCUCUACCAUUGCCCGAAGAUAUUUUCUCGAAAAUGAGUAACUGUAGGUAUUUCAGCCACAUCGAUCUAUCUGAUGCCUACCUACAAGUUCCAGUCGAUGAAGAAAGCCAGCAACUUCUCACCAUUAACACCCACAAAGGUCUAUAUCAGUUCACGCGAUUAUCACCCGGUGUGAAAUCCGCUCCGGGGGCCUUUCAGCAAAUAAUGGACAAUAUGCUUGCUGGUCUCGACUUUGCCGUUGGUUAUUUGGAUGACGUUUUGGUUGGUGGACGGACGAAGGAGGAGCAUCAACAAAAUCUGCAAAAAGUGCUCACUCGCCUACAGGAAUUCGGUUUCACAGUGCGAAUCGAAAAAUGCAGUUUUGGGAUGCGUCAAGUGAAAUAUUUAGGUCAAAUACUGGAUGCAGAAGGCAUUAGACCUGACCCAGAUAAGGUGGCAGCUAUUAUCAACAUGCCACCCCCACACGAUGUUUCAACUCUACGUUCGUAUCUGGGCGCCAUAAACUAUUAUGGAAAAUAUGUUAGGGAGAUGCGUACUCUCCGGCAGCCAAUGGAUCAAUUGCUAAAGGUCGAUACCAAGUUCGAUUGGUCUCCCGCCUGUCAGAAGUCUUUUGACCGUUUUCGGGAAUUGCUACAAUCACCGCUGCUGCUUACUCAUUUCAAUCCAUCCAUGGACAUCAUUGUUUCGGCAGAUGCAUCAUCUGUCGGUCUGGGAGCGCGCAUUGCUCACAGGUUCCCUGACGGAACCGUGAAGGCCAUCUACCAUGUGUCCCGGAGCUUGAGUGCAGCUGAAACAAAUUAUAGUCAGAUCGAGAAAGAAGGCCUAGCGCUCGUGUUUGCAGUAACCCGGUUCCACCGAAUGUUGUUUGGGCGAAAAUUCAUUUUGGAGACCGAUCACAAACCGCUUCUGCAAAUAUUCGGUUCGAAAAAGGGCAUACCUAUCUACACAGCCAACAGGCUCCAGCGGUGGGCCCUUACCCUUCUACUCUACGAUUUUGAAAUCUACUACGUGUCGACGGACAGUUUCGGUCAUGCCGAUGUCUUGUCGAGGCUCAUCAAUAAUCAUGUCCGCCCCGAAGAAGAUUACGUGAUUGCCUCACUUGAACUAGAGCACAAUGUUAGAACCAUCAUCAAUGAAACAUUGCAAACAUUCCCCCUCUCAUUCAAGCUUAUUCAGGGGGCAACCAGAAGUGAUUCCUGCAUACAACAAGUCAUCCGCUAUGUCAACGAAAAUUGGCCAUCAAAGAAAGAAACCAUCACUGAUCCUGGAAUCCAGCAGUUUUUCCUACGCCGUGAAUGUCUUUCCGUCGUCGAUGGAUGCCUCAUGUAUGGUGAAAGAUUAGUUAUUCCGUUAGCUUGUAGAAAGAAAGUGCUUCUUCAGUUACACAAAGGACACCCUGGUGUUGAACGUAUGCGAUCCAUAGCUCGUCAGCAUAUAUAUUGGCCAAACAUCGACGUUGACGUUACAAAUUUUGUGCGUUCCUGCAACGAAUGUGCAAGUGUAGCCAAAACAGACCGAAAAACCAACCUAGCAUCGUGGCCCAAACCAGCCAAGCCAUGGCAACGAUUGCAUUUGGAUUAUGCUGGUCCCUUAGACGGGAAUUUCUUUCUUAUUCUGGUUGAUUCCUACACAAAGUGGCCGGAAGUAAUUCGAACGAAGGACAUCACUACAGCCACCACCGUACGACUGCUCCGGGGGAUUUUCUCAAGGUACGGACAGCCAGAAACUCUGGUUACCGAUAACGGGACUCAACUGACAAGCGAAAAGUUUGAAUCGUUUUGUGUAACAAACGGGAUCAUCCAUCUAAAAACUGCUCCAUACCACCCGCAGUCAAAUGGACUUGCAGAGCGGUUUGUAGAUACGUUCAAACGAUCAAUAAAGAAAAUCACCGCAGGGGGGGAAACCCUUGACGAAGCAAUCGAUAGCUUUUUGCUGUGCUACAGAUCAACACCUUGUCGCAGUGCUCCGGAUGGAAAAUCGCCAGGAGAACUCAUGUAUGGAAGGCCGAUGCGAACAUUCUUGGAACUACUUCGACCACCAACGCCGUAUAACAAGCCAACUAACGACCAAGAGAUGCAGUUCAACCGCAAACACGGUACGAAGGCUCGUAAUUAUCUUCCUCAAGAUCUCGUCUGGGCUAAGGUUUACUCAGCAAAUAAGUGGACUUGGCAACCGGGCAAAGUAAUCGAGCGUAUUGGUGGCGUAAUGUAUAACAUUUGGCUCCCUGCGAAGAAAUGCUUGAUACGAUCCCAUUGUAACCAAAUGCGAACACGACAUGAGAACAACGCAGAAAGCAACAGUGAAUCGACAAGUAUGGAGGUUCCACUGUCAAUACUCUUGGACAGUUGGGGUCUGCGCAACACCACACUUGAGCCGGAAAUGGAAAGCAGUCAAGCAAUUUUGCCGGCUGAUCUACUGGAGGACCUGCAACCAGUUCAACAACAGCGUCAACGAACUCCCCAGAGUAUUACCCAGCAACAAUCGAUUCCUACUCGUCAGUCUUCAAGAAUCCGAAGGCUGCCUGUGAGGUACGAACCGUACAGCCUUUAUUAA